AUGCCAUUCAUCGGGUUAACUUCGCUUGGUCGAAUUGUGACUCAAGCUUGGAAUGGUGUAGCUGUCGGUAUUCUUGGUCCAAGUAUGUCUGUAAACUUAUGGACACAUAUAGUUCAAACGUUUAGUGUGACAAAUGGUAUCACAAUGUACAUCAAUGGCGCUUAUUAUAACUCCACGAAAACAUUUAGUUAUUCUGCUAGUGGGAAGAAAGAUACAAUUAUUUUAGCCAAUUAUAUAAGCGGCGCCUCGUGUUCUGCAGGACAAGUUGUAGCAGGUCAAUAUUAUGGAGCUAUAGAUGAGUUUCGCCUCUACUCAAGAGAAUUAACAACAACCGACGUCUAUGAACUUGCUAAUGUGUAA